CAUAACCUAUAAAUGAAUGGUUGUACGUUCAUGCCUGUUUUACAUUUAUUUUGCAGGAAAAACACUGUGAUGUACAAGAAGAUUGUGAACAAGGGCUCUUUGGAUUAUUGCUACCUGAAAACUAGGCUGGACUUUGAAGAAGGCACAAGGGCAACCAUUGAUGAGGUUCAGUUCAAACAACUUGUGCUGGAGGCUGUCCAAUCAUUGUUUGGACUGGCACUUUCAUGCAGCUUGAUUGAUGUUCUUAAGUUUGACCCUGCUGAUAAUAGCGCUAUUCUGAGAAUAGAACACAGGAAUCUGGUGAAGGUCUGGUCCUCGCUCACACUGUGUGGGAAUGCUGGCGGGGCACCGUGUGCCUUCAGGGUUCUCCAGGUGUCCCCUCAUCUACUUGCUCUGUCGGCAGACAGUCGGGACAUGACACUUGAAGUUAUCCAUUCCUGAAGACCACUUAUUACUUUAACAUGGGUUAUUCUGAUUGACUGCCAGUUGCAUGUGUUGAGAUUCUCAGCUAUUUGACAAGUCUGGGUUAUGUCGAAGGAUCAGAGAAGGAAUGUGAACUUUAAAAAAAAAACAUUUUGGAAAAGUUGAUCGAAAAUACCAAUAAGUACACGUUUGCACCUGUGAGGUGGUUUUGACAGUGUUGUGACUAAAGAUGAAGGCGAUCACUUGCUUUAUGUAUUACAAAACAAACAUAUUGUUUAAUUUUAAAACAGAACAUAUGUAAAAACAUGGAUAAAGUUAAAGAAAUCGUGAAGAAAUAUCUUGGUAGAAAAGUUGAUGCUUAAGGUGGAAAUUGUCUGGCGAUGGAACCACUGAUGGUUGUCACGGUAACUAUGUCACUUGAGAAAUCAGGGAAUGCAAGAGCACUGCAGGCUGCUGUAUCACAGUUACAUUCCAAACAAAGUCUUUACCAGUUCA